AUCAUGGUGACGAGUCUCUGUUGCAGCCAUGAAGUGCGUUUGGCUGUUAGCCUUGGUGGCCUGCCGUGUCGCGGUGGCUGUGGCGAGCAUCACUGGUAAUUGUGACCGAGAUUUGUCCGCCUAUGGAACCAGCACGAGGUUCAGCCGUGGAAACUGCCAAGCAUCGCUGCAGCGGGCGGACGUGGAAGUGCAGUUGCAGGGCUUGGUGGCGAAGAUUUCGGCAAAUCUCACCUACAAGAACGAGAAGACGGCCAUUGACUCCCCCGUGCUGGUGCUACCCUUGCCUGGGGACGCCGUGUUGCAGGGAUAUGAGGUGCAGGACCUGAAAGGUGUCAUUGGUCGCGGUGAUCCGGGAGCGGCCGGUCAGCCCUGCCCCCAUGACAUGCUAAGCUUCUACGAGAUGUCGGGUGGUGACCGCGGGAAGCAGCGCGUGCAGCUGAAACAUCUGGCGCCGGAGGAAGAGGUAUGGCUGCGAUUGGAGUACUUGUUGCUCCUGCAGGCCAAGCAAAAGGCCGAAGGGAAGCAUGUACUGGACUUGCCCAUCAGUUUUCCAGCUCUCAAGAGGAAGCCUAGCCCCAGCGAUGCUGUGGUGCUGAAGAUCUUUGGUCUGGCCGGGAUCGAAGGUGGCAUUCAGACCAGUGCACCAGGUGCCGUGCUCCAACCGUCGGCGCUGGAGACGCAGCGGCUGAUGACGCACGUCCUGCUGCGAUCGACGCUGCAGGAUCUGCCCUUGGAGGUGACCGUGGCCGCCGUGGCGGAUCCUUCUAGCGUCUUCCACCUGGACCUCCAACGGGACCCGCAGACCCGGCGCCUCGCGGCUGCGCUGUGGAUGCCUCCGAGCAUCCGAAGCAUCGCUCACGGUGGGAUGAUGGACCUGGUGGUUCUGCUGGAUUCGUCCGCAACGAUGCACGGUGCGCGGCUGCGGCGGGCGAAGCAAGGCCUGCAGGCACUGCUGCGCAGCGUGCCAAGCCAGGUGCGCUUCAACCUGGCAGGGUUCGGCGUGGCCCAGGGAGCUCUGCUAUGGUCCAAGAGCCGUGCGCUGGAGCAACAGACCUUCGAGGAACUAGAUCAGCAUCUGAAGAAGGAGGCAGAAUCCGCUGGAGAUCCCCUCCUUGGGAUCGAACCAGUGCUGUCUGCCGUCUUCGCAAGAUUGGCCGACGCGCAAGAACUUCGAAUAAUGGUGCUGACAGAUCGCUAUCCACCCGAUCAGAGAGCGGCCAUCGACCUCAUCGAGGACCAAUGCGAUGCCAACCGCUGCCGCCUCUUCGUGAUUGGCCUCGGCUGGGGUGCUUCGCCGCUCUUCGUGGAGUCGGCCGCCGAGGCGGGCCACGGCGGCUUCGCCUAUGUGGCCGAGCGUGAUUUGACUUUUGGAUUGGAGAAGAACUUGAUUUCACACAUGAUGGAUGCGUGUGUCCCAUCCAUUCAUGAUGUGCAUGUGCAAUGGAAGGCCUUUGGUGAUGGCAACCUUUCCACCACCGAGCCGUUGGAAGUUCAGAUCGACCAAGAAACGCGGGGCCACCGUGGCCGCAUGGUGGCCAUGGCACUGCUCGGCGAAGUCACUGGCACCAUCACCUCGACCCUUCACGUGGACGCCGUGGUGGGCGGCGUGGCCGGCCGUUUCCAGGUGCCGAUCCAGGCCCUAUCGGAGGGAACGGCGCUGCAUGCCAUGGCCUUGUACCACAUGAUCCAAGAUGAAGAGAAAGGUGUCACGGAAGCGCUGGCAGUUGCCCACCACCUUCCCCUGGGCGCUUCGCAGUGGCUCAGCGCCUCGACGUCCAAGUCGACGCCUUUGCGCUGCGCGCAGGGCGCGGAGAGUGGCGUCACGGCCAAGCUAACAGAGGCUGCCCAACUCUCCACUCGAGAGAAGAUCGUUCAGACGAAGAAAGAUCCUGACAGACCUUUAUCGUCGCCUAUGAAAUUGCAGCAGAUCUCUGGAAAGCUUUCCACCCUGAGCUUCACCACCCUGGGCCGCAGCGUCUCGCUCGCGCACGCCGAUCGCGCCGCGCGUCGCCCGCGCGAGCCGCGGGAGCCGCGCGAGCUGCGCAGCUGGGAGCGUGGCGAGGAGAUCAGCAGGCCACGGAGUCCUUCGUCAGAGCCAACACUGCCCCUGCGUGGUGGGCUGGCUGGUGAUUUGUUCCGACCAUCCGAGGACUCGGCUAGAGAUGCCAGGCCUGCCAGGUUGGGCUUUUUGGAUGACCUGUUUGGUCGCUGGGAGUCCGGGCCAUCACGGAGUGGACUGAGUGGACGGAGUUUCGGGGACCCCUCUCCACCUUCCAUUUCGGCCCUGUCCACGCGGCAACGACCUGGAGGUGCUGAUGCCGAAGCGUACCACGUGGGCAAAGCGCCAUUUGUGCCACCGCGGCUGGCGCUGUUGGAGACGGCGAAGCUAGGGCAGCGCCUGUCCCUGGGCGGAAAGGCAGAGCGUCAGGGCGAUGGACUGCGGAGCCCCUUCUCUCGCUUGCCGUCCUUGUCGAUCUAUGACUCCAUGCUGGGUUCGUCCAUGAAAUCGCGUAAGAUGCCAACCACGCCCAGCCCCAAAUCCACGCGCGAGAAGAUUUCAACGGCGACUUCGCCUCACCGUUGGCUGGGUCAGCUGUCGGUGAAAGGCGUGGAGAGUUUAACUUCCAGGCUCUCCUUGCGUCCCAAUGCUUUUCCCAAGCAGCUGGAGAAGCUCCCAGACCCGCGGCCGGGCACCGCGUCCGCCGCCACCGCGGCCCCGUCCGCGCCCUUGGCGGAGAGUGAGGCGGAGGCCGAAUGGCUGGGUAUUGAAGUGGCAGGUGACAUCGUGGCGGCCGUGGUCAAGGUGAAGUACCACCAGGAGAAAUGCAUCAGUCUACUGGAGACCAUCCAACUCCGAUGGGCCAACUACUCCACCGCCUCUGUGGCGACCUUGACGACGCUGACGGGACAGGUCUUGGGCGUUGUUUCGGCGCGGCGGAUGCAGCGGAUGCACGUGCAGGUCUCUGCCAGCUGCGACGUGACGCUCCGCGACGAGAGCCAAGAGCUUCUGCUGACGGCGUCCAUUCCGCGGGCCUCCCAUUGCGUCGCGGCGCUCGAGAGCGGGGCCACCGCGCCGUUCUCCGCGAUGCAGCUGCGAAGGCUGCGAAGGCAGCAGGCGGGGCGACCCAUGCUGGCGAGCAAUGAGAAGCGCUUGGAACUGGAUCGCCAUGUUGUGGUGGCAGCACAAACCUUCAGAGGCUUUUUCAUGUUUGAUGAGAAGUCAGCGAAAGAAGCCAAACUCAGCUGGGAGAACUUAGAACUGCUCAGCAGGUGGUGCGGAUCAAAGGAAGUCGCACAUACCUGCGCGGCUUUGGCCGCCUUGGACAAAGACUCCACCUGGUGGCCAUUGACGCGCCGCGCCGAAGAACGUUGGCGCAGCGACGCACGAAGUACCUGCGGAACGCUGGCGGAGUGCAUGGAGCUCGGAACUCUCCUGGUCCUUCAGAGUUGGGCCCCCAUCCCGCCCACUUUAGCGCUGGCGCAGAGGGAGGUCCAGGGUCUUGAUCGCUGUUGGGAUGGUUGGUUAGCCCCUUGGGGCCUCGACCUGCCAUGGCCGCCCUUCCUGCCUUUGCCGCUGCUGUGGCGCCUGUGGCGUCUUCCGUGCCUGCGGGCGCCAGACCAACAAGCGCGGCAGGGCGUGGAAGAUGGCGUGGGACAAGCGCCAGCACCGCUGCCUUGCUUUGCGCCGCACAGGGUGUCCGAAGCCGAGCACGCCCAACGCGACGUAUGGUCGUGCGGGCGGCGCAAGCGACUUGCGAACAGUUACGCGAGGAUCUAA